AUGCCCGAGUUUGGGAUGAGCGAUUCGUCGUACUUUGACGCUCCAGACGUGAGUCUGGAGCACGCGACUUUUCCCCAUCUCACUGGUGUUGAGUGGGAUGCCCUAAAUCGCCUCGCGGCGAUAUCUGGAGAGGCAUUCGUUGUGUCGCUGAUGAGAUCAGCGACUCCUGAUGGACAGCGUCUCGCCAUACACGACUACAUGGCUCGCGAGCUCGCCGAAUCCCAUCGGCGAGGUUUAACUCCCUCGCGGACUUCACGGAACGAUGCCGUGAAGAUGGAGACCUCCGCCUAUUCUGGCGAAGGAAAAGAACGCUUGUCGUUGUCUCUUUGGUUUCGAGAGGUCGACAUCGCUAUCGCCUCGAGACUUCUCGAGGCUCCUCAAGCGAAGGUCAAUUUCCUUCUUUCCCGUCUCACUGGGAAAGCCAAGGAAACCAUCCAGAGUGACCUUCGACUCGCCUUCGAGCCGCCCCAGGAAGAGAAGUUGGUGUGUUCAAGGUUCCUGUCCCUGCGACAGGGUAAGAUGUCCAUGCGCGACUACGUGCAGAUGGCUCGACAUCUGGCGUCUUGCAUUAUCACGCAUCCCAUGGACAUGCAUACACAAGUGAACGUGUUUGUCGAUGGCAUGCGUGAAGGGCAGACUCGCCUCUCGCUGGAACGAGCAGAGCCUGCCACGUUGGAGGAGGCUUUCGCUAUCGCUCUCCGUGAGGACUUCAGAGUCACCAAGGCCUAUACCAAGCCUUCAGUUGUUACCGCUGUCAGAUCAGCGGACCCGGAACCUAUGGAGAUCGAUGCAAUUGAGUCGUCGGGUGACCGACGACGCGCUACAGCCUACAAGGGCGACGUCCGAGGCGGACGUCAGAUGAUCUGCUUUCGAUGCCGAAAGCCGGGACAUCGCGCGGCUGAAUGCCGCGCGCCAGCACCGAUGUCGGUGCAUGCGACGGACACCCAUCAUGAGGGAGGUGCUCCGAUCAGUCGUCCAAAAAAUGGACGAGACCAGUAG